AUGAGCAUCCUAUUUUUCGAUUCCUAUCCAAGCACAGAAUCGGAGGAAGAGAACCCCGAUCUUUUCCCGAUGUUCAAACUUGAAAUGGAGAAAGCACAACGUCCCGUUACAAGGACAGAGGAGAAUGGAGUACAUACAUACUCCACUACGAAGCUGUCCCCGAGGAACCCUUCUCGUCAUGACAGUCCCCCGAAUGAAGAUCUGAAAUUGCUCGUCGACUCGAUAGCAGACUACGCUGUUAGUUUUGAGCUCUCUGACUUUCCUGCUAUCGUCGCAGACUGGAUUCCUCGUCUUGCUCAGGACCCCCUCCCUGGCUCCUAUCAACAUCUCCUCUUGUUAAUUUUCGCUGAGGGCCGCUACUGUGUCAGUAUGCAUCGUGCUAUGGCAGAUGCUGCUAGCAUUCCUGAUUUCCUGUCUACUCAUCGUCACAGAAUACGGCUAUUUGAACGGACUCGGAACAUUGAUCGCCAAUGGACCUUGAGGGAGGAGCCGAAGAAGGCUCCACGGCUUGCCACUCAUCCAGACUAUACCGCUGAAGGUUGCAGGAUUGAUGAGUGGUUUUUUGAAUCGGACCUGGCUACCUUGAGGGAGCUUGUAGGUCCACUUCGGGACGCGGAGCAUCCUGUUUUAUGGAUUACUGGCCGCACAAAGAGGGCGAAGGAGAUGCUGGAGCAAUGGGAGGCGUCUAUGGAACGAAUCAAGCAGUUCAAGCAAGAGCUUAUUGUAGGCCAGUUCAAUCGAAAGAUAAAUUGGACGAUCUAUGAUUCUGCCAAACCGAAAACCGAGGAGCGUGAGGAUUUAAUGAGCAUGCGCCAGUCUCGUAUUGAUGCAUGCAAGGCAAGUACCGUGUGGGGUGAAUACCUUCCAGACGAGUCCCAGCUCUGGGAAUCCAACAAGUAUGCCCGGGGGCUCCAUAUGAAGAACUUCAAUCGACGCUCUAAUUCAGAAAAAUCCGUGGAUCUGAACUAUAUGCCAAAGCCCAACGUCACCAAGAGCAUGGGUUACUAUCUUGGCAGCAUCAUUGUCCCACAGACACUAGAGGAAUCUCUUCUCAACUUCAUCGUGCAGAUUGCCGAAUGGCUAGCUCUGGCGAGAGGAUUUCCGGCUGUCCACCUAUUCAUUGAUAUGGUACGACUUUUUACAUCUUACGGUGUGGACCUUGCAAACGCAACGCAGGUGCAAUACUGCAGGUUUAUUCCUCGUAUGCGUCCUUCCGCUUGUACGGAUCGUCCGCUAAGACGGAGAACCAAGUCACUCCUCAAUUUUCAAGAGAAAACAGGCGCAGGCAAUCAGCAAUACUUUGCUGAUGUGAAGGAACAUAAUCAAUACCUCUUCUACAUGCUAUUCCAACGGAACACUCUUCUCUUUUUUGAUAACGAGUCUAUCUCUUGGGAAGGGCCACUUCAGACAUUGGAAUGGGUGAAUAGACAAGGCAGGAAGGUUCUGAAUUCCAAGGGUUCGUGUCCACGACACCAAGUUGGGUCCUCGAUUGUUCCGGAUGGGGCAUGGCAAGACAUCAUCAAGAGUGAUCGUCCUAGCGAUUCAGGUCAUGAGAUUUCUACCAAGAAGGGCUAUGAGGGAAAUGACAGCCAAGCACAUAAGGAAAAGAUCCAAAAGGAGAUUAUCGAUGCCAAUGGGAGUGCUGGAAGAAAUAGCUCAGCUAUACUUAGGCUCGACACGCUCGCCGCCGUGUUAGACACAAUGGAGAGCGAGGGGUGGAAGCACCGCAUUCGAAAGCGUGGUACUAGAAGUGAAUGA